AUGUCUUUCCCCUCUAGUCUCGCUGGUCCAGCUAGAUCAGCUUACAGGCAGAUCAUACGAGCGGCAAGAACGACUUUCCAAGAUGACCCCAUUCAUCGAUCUCAAUUCAUGUCCCCCAUCCGGAUGACAUUCGCUUCGCCUACACUCACACCUCCUGCUCAUAUUUCUGAUCCAUCCGCCAAACCAGAAGAGGAGCCGUGCCCAUGUAAUGAACAUCCACCGGAACCUAAAGCCGCCGCUUCCAGCUCAUCAACACACAUCAGCACAGAGGAAAUCGCAAAGAGGAUAUCAGAGUGGAAAGAGGUCGCUCUCUUCCUCAGAAGGAAUGUGGUACAAGGAGAGCAAGAUGAGUCAGGAUCGUUCCGCCUUCGUGUCACACCAGAGACAGAGCUCGGAGUCAACGAAUCUAUCCGGUCUGCAGAGAGGCGGCCAAAGGCUACGAAGGAGCAAAUGGCAGCGGUCUUCGCAGAGCCUGCGUGA